AUGGCAAUGAAACUCGCCACCACGAAUGGGAUUGAUCUCUUUACUUCUCAACCAUCAGUUCACUGCCCGUGCUCCUCCCGUCCUCGCCGUCGCCGUUUCCAUGGCCUUCAUCUUCCGAUCAACCUCACUAGGAAGACCAAUUCUCUAUCCAUCGUCGUCGCUGUUUCUGACUCCGAUCCUCCAUCCCGAACCGCCUUCUCUCGCCGCGCUCUUCUCCUCGCGCCGCCACUCCUCUCCACCGCUGCAGCCUUGGUUUUCAAGCCGCCUGUCUCUUUAGCCUCCGAGGAGAGCUCGUCUCCUAUUGCAGAAUCAGCAGCUCCUCCGGCCGUUACUACCGCGCCGCCGCCUACAUCCGUGGAUAAGGAAGAAACUAUAACCUCGAGGAUUUAUGACGCGAUGGCGAUUGGUGAACCGAUGGCUAUGGGGAAAGAUAAGAAGAAGGUGUGGGAGAAGCUGAUGAAUGCAAGGGUUGUGUACCUCGGCGAGGCGGAGCAGGUGCCUACCAAAGAUGACAAGGAGCUUGAACUCGAAAUCGUUAGAAACCUGAGGAAGAGAUGCCUCGACGGCGAACGACAAAUCUCUGUCGCGUUGGAAGCUUUCCCUCUUGAUUUGCAGGAGCAGCUUAAUCAGUACAUGGACAAGAGGAUGGACGGAGAGACAUUGAAGUCUUAUGUGACACAUUGGCCAGCUCAACGAUGGCAAGAAUAUGAGCCCCUUUUAAGUUACUGUCGUGAUAACAACGUUAGACUAAUUGCUUGUGGCACUCCUCUCAAGGUUUUAAGAACUGUGCAAGCAGAGGGUAUCCGUGGUCUGUCAAAGUCUGAGCGUAAAUUAUACACACCCCCUGCUGGUUCUGGUUUUACCUCAGGGUUUUCUUCGUUUUCACGUAGAUCCACGUUCGACAUGAGCCCUCCAACACAAAUCGUACCGUUUGGACCAAGCUCUUAUUUGUCGGCACAAGCAAGAGUUGUGGAAGACCAUACGAUGUCACAAGUUAUUUUGCAAGCAGUAGCAGAUGGAGGUGGGACUGGUCUACUGGUAGUGGUGACAGGGGCAGGUCAUGUUGAGUACGGUUCAAGAGGGACAGGGUUGCCAGCGAGGAUCUCAAGGAAGUUUCCAAAGAAAAACCAAGUUGUUGUGUUACUUGACCCUGAAAGACAGUACCUGCGAAGAGAAGGCGAAAGUCCUGUCGCUGAUUUCUUGUGGUAUUCUGCAGCCAGACCUUGCAGUAGAAACUGCUUUGACAGAGCAGAGAUCGCUCGAGUGAUGAAUGCAGCUGGCAGGAGGCGAGAUGCUCUUCCACAGGAUAUUCAAAAUGGAUUGGAUCUUGGUCUGGUGUCACCUGAGGUUCUGCAGAAUUUGUUUGAUUUGGAGCAGUAUCCUCUCAUUUCUGAGCUUGCUCAGCGGUUCCAGGGUUUCCGAGAAAGGUUGUUGGCAGAUCCGAAAUUUUUGAAUAGGUUAGCCAUAGAAGAGGCGAUAUCAAUAACAACCACACUUCUAGCACAAUAUGAGAAGCGAAAAGAGAAUUUCUUCGAAGAGCUCGACUAUGUUAUAACAGAUACAGUGAGGGGAUCAGUUGUUGAUUUCUUCACAGUUUGGCUUCCUGCACCAACUCUGUCUUUUCUAUCAUAUGCUGAUGAGACCACUGGACCAGACAGCAUAGACGCCCUGAGAGGCCUCCUAGGAUCCAUACCUGACAACGCGUUUCAAAAGAGUCUUGCUGGAAGAGAGUGGAAUUUGAAUCUCAGAGUUGCUUCGGUUAUUGUUGGUGGCUUGAAGCUUGCUGGUGUCGGAGUCGUAUCCAGUUUCGCAGCCGUGGGAGCUUCAAAUGCGUUGAAUGCUGUUCGAAAAUUCGUAAAACCAGAGUUGGUUGUUGCUCAGAAACCAAAGAGAUCUCCUCUUCUGAAGACGGCAAUGGUUUAUGGAGGGUUUCUGGGAACAUCUGCGAAUCUUCGUUACCAGAUAAUUGCUGGAUUAAUAGAGCAUCGAAUUUCUGAUGAGCUGUCUUCUCAACCUCUACUUGUAAAUGUGAUUUCAUUUGUUGUCAGGACACUUAACUCGUAUUUUGGAACGCAGCAAUGGAUUGAUCUUGCUCGCUCGACGGGUCUUCAAACGCAGAAAAGCAUUCCAGCCACUAAGGAAACUCCAGAAACUAUGGAAGAAUCUACGGUGGAGUAUAAUGCUAGUGAAGAAGAAAUUCCUGAGCAUAAAUUGAUUGAAACGCACCGUCUCAACUCAAGCCUCCUCCUAUCGUCUGAAGUCGAAGCCUCAAAAUUAACAAAAGAAGUCGGACCAAUCCUAAUGUGGUGCCUACCAAGUGUUCGACCGAAUGUGUCGGAGAUGUUCAAGUCCUCUGUCUCUUGUUUCCAUCUUCACUCGCCAAUACUCAAACCCACUGCUAGAUUCUCCACAAACCCUGCCACAUCCUCUCCAUAUCUUCCUCCUUUAUUCAGCAUCGCCCCGAUGAUGGAGUGGACAGAUAAUCAUUACCGUACGCUUGCUCGCAUCAUAACAAAGCACGCUUGGCUUUACACCGAGAUGAUUGCCGCUGAAACUCUUGUUCACCAGCAGACCAAUUUGUCAUAUGUUCUCGUCUCAUGUCCUUGUUGUGCACUUUUGCCUCAGGACAGAUUCUUAGCAUUUUCUCCCCAACAACAUCCUAUUGUUCUUCAAAUCGGUGGGAGUAAUGUGGAAAGCCUUGCCAAAGCUGCUAAGCUUUCUGAUGCUUACGGAUAUGACGAAAUUAAUCUCAACUGUGGAUGCCCCAGUCCUAAGGUAGCCGGCCAUGGAUGCUUUGGUGUUACCCUCAUGCUCAACCCCAAGCUUGUUGGAGAGGCAAUGUCUGCUAUUGCUGACAAUACCAACGUCCCUGUUACUGUGAAAUGUCGAAUUGGUGUGGACGAUCAUGAUUCGUAUGAUGAGCUCUGUGACUUUGUUUACAAGGUUUCUACUCUAUCACCAACUAGGCAUUUCAUUGUACAUUCACGAAAGGCACUGCUUGGUGGGAUAAGCCCUGCUGAUAACCGGAGAAUCCCUCCUCUCAAGUACGAGUAUUACUAUGCACUUGUUCGUGACUUCCCGGACUUGAGAUUCACAAUUAAUGGAGGCAUUACUUCUGUAUCGAAGGUAAACGCUGCAUUGAAGGAAGGAGCUCACGGAGUCAUGGUAGGCCGCGCUGCAUACAACAAUCCAUGGCAGACUCUAGGACAUGUUGACACCGGAGUUUUUGGUGUUCCAAGCACUGGCCUUACACGCCGACAGGUUCUUGAGCAAUAUCAAGUAUACGCAGACUCUGUCCUGGGAACACAAGGAAACGGGAGGCCCAAUGUAAGGGAUUUAGUGAAGCCUCUGCUAAACAUUUUCCACUCAGAGACUGGAAAUAGCUUGUGGAAGCGAAGAGCAGACGCUGCUUUCAGGGAGUGUAAGACGGUUGGAUCAUUGCUGGAAGAAAGCUUGACGGCGAUCCCAGACUCUGUCUUAGAUGCCCCUGUUUCUGCAGGGAGUCUAGAGAGUGGAGAAGAAGAUGUGUUUGCUGAUGUGCACAGUGUAUUGCCGCCUCCUUACGAAGCUGCGGAACAACUCAUCUUAUGUGCUUAG